GGCUAAGGGGGUACCCCCGGGGCCCCCCCCUGGGGCUAAAGGGGUACCCCCGGGGCCCCCACCGGGUGUCAAGGGGGCCCCCCCGGGGCCCCCACCGGGGGCUAAGGGGGCCCCCCCGGGGCCCCCCCCUGGACGGGGGAAGGCGCCGCCGCCUCCAGGAGGAAAGGGGCCCCCAGGAAGGGGGCCCCCACCACCUGGUGGGAAGAAAGGAGGGCCACCAGGAAAGGGGGGCCCCCCAGGCAGCAAAGCUAAGAUGGGGGGCCCUGUCUAUGUGCUGCCGCAAGAGCAGCUUCCGCUUCCUCCUGAAGGUUUAACAGCAGCAACACGCUUGCAGUGGGCUCUAUUAAGAGCAGAGCAAUUAACCGGCACUCUCUUCGAUGGUUUGUUAGACCGCUACAACACCACACCCCCGCAGCAGGAGCAGCAGGAGCAGCAGCAGCAGCAGCAGCAGCAAGAAGCACUGUCUCCUAUCAAUCGGUCGCUUAGCUUUGAUCUCCCUCUAUGCCGAGCUCGAAGCUGCGGUAGCCCCACAGGAAGUCUUUUAUUAGACAACGACAGCUGCUGCACCUCCCCAGAACCAGCAGCAGCAGCAGCAGCAGCAACAGCAGCAGCAACAGCAGCAGCAGCAGCAGGGGAGUCCGCAGCAGGAUCGGAAUUACCUCCACGCAUUAUAGCACCACCAACAGCAGCAACAACAGCAGCAGCAACAGCAGCAGCAGCAGAAGGCGAAGGAACACCAGCAGCACCAGCAGCAGGAGCAGGAGCAGGAGCAGAUAUGCUGAAGCCUAGCAGCAGCAUUAGCAGCAGCAGCAGCAGCAGCAGCAUAUUGCGUCAGCGUACGUUUGAGUAUAGCGUGGAUUACAAGAGGGUGUUUUCAUUGUUUUACAAAGAUGCGGAGACAGCCGACAAGUCAAAAGAAGAGAGCAGCAGCAGCAGCAGCAGCAGCAGAACGAAGCCAAAGGGGAUAUUAGAUGCUCGUUCAAGUCAGAAUGUAGAGAUAUGCUUGAAGAAGCAUAAGCUUGCUGCAGCAGCAGAGUUUGAGGGUCUAGCGCAGCAGCUGCAGCAGCUGCAGCAGCUUAACAUUGAUACAACCUUAGCACAGAAUUUAGUUUUAUACUGGCCGGAAGCAGAAGCAAUUGAAGAAUAUAAAAGCAAAACAAAAGAACAAAUUCUGUCUAUGCCUGCUGCUGAUCAACUCUUCUUCUGUCUCCUCAACAACGUCCCCCUCUGCUGCGAUAGACUCAAGUUCUUCCUAGAACUAGGAAAUAUAAUCAACAGAGGCAAGAGAGAAGCCCUCGGCUUUAAAUUUAAGAACUUCGUCGAUCAGCUCAAUGCAUGCACCAGCAAAGACAGAUCUACUAACUUGUUCAAGGUGUUGGUGGAGACAGUCUCGCAGCAAAAUGAAGCAGCAGCAGAAGAUAUGAAAGCCCUGCAGGCAGUUGAUGCAGCAAAAGGAACUGAUGUAUUAGAGCUUAGUAAUUUGAGCGGCAUUAAAUCGCGUCUGUGCUUCUGGAGUAAGACUGUUCAAGAAAAAAAACAGCAGUUUGCGUCUGCUGCUGAAGCAAUGCUGCACUGGGUACAGAGUACAGAGGAGCGUGUGCUGCAGCUGGAGGCAGCAAUAGCAGCAAAUGAGCAGCAGCAAGAAACUCUUCGUCUAUUUUUAGGUUUAUCUAAGUCUGAUUGCAUUUGGCCGGAGCCUUUAAAGUGGUUUGCUCAAUUUUAUACGCAGUUUGAACAAACAACAAAAGAAAUCAAAGAAACGCAGGAGAGGGAAGCGGCAAAGCGUGAAAGAGAGCUGAAGAAGCAGCAGCAGCAGCAGCAGCAGCAGCAGCAGCAGCAGGGAACAUCGCCUGCUCAGGGGCAGCGCAUGCAGAUGCGCAAAGCAGCAGCAGCAGCAGCAUCAACGAAGAUGAAAGGAGAGGAGGCAGCAGCAGGAGGCCUCGUACAAGGAGGUGGGUCCCUUGCUGCGCUGCCGCAGCAGAUUGCUGCUGCAGCAACACCACGAACGGGUGCAUUGACGCGAAGAGACAGCAGCCCCCGCUCACCUGCUGCUGCUGCUGCUGCUGCUGCAGAGUCGCCUGCAGCAACAGCAGCAGCAGCAGACGACGGACCGGCAGCAGCAUCACCAGCUGCACCAUCUCCAGCAACAGCAACACCAUCUCCAGCAGCAGCAGCAGCAGCAGCACCUACGCCAGCAGCAACAGCAUCUCCAGCAGCAGCAGCGACGCCGCCAGCAGCAGCAACAGAUGAAGAAAAUUGUGCUUCUGUAAUUACAAGCGACAGCCAGCCGGAAGCAAAUACUGCUGCUGCUGCUGCUGCUGCUGCUGGGACCCCAAGCUCCACCAGCCCCGCAAUCUCUCCACGGCAGCAGCAGCAACAGCAGCAGCAGCAGCAGCAGCAACAGCAGCAGCAGCAGCAGCAGCUGCAGCAGCAGCAGCAGCAGCUGCAGCAGCCAGCAACUCUGGCGUGGCUUUUCGCCAGGACCCCGGGCCGUCGCCCACAUGUAGCUGUGCAGCUGAACAAUGGAAGUUCUGCUGCUGCUGCUGCUGCUGCUGCUGCUGCUGCUGCUACAGUAAGUGGGCCUCAUAGGCUGCGUGUGCCGGCUGGCGAAGAGACAUCGCCAGACGCAGCAACAGCUCCAGCAGCAGCAGCAGCAGCAGGAGCUGCUGCUGCUGCUGCUGCUGAUGACGCAGAGGAAUCAACACAUGCAAUCAGCCCUGGGAUAGAGGGGAGGGCGCAGCAGCUGCCUGCUUUCACUAGCGAGUCUUUUAGCAGCAGCAGCAGCAGCAGCAGCAGCAGCAGCAACGGCCUGCCAAGGGGCAGCUUGAAAGAAAGAAGCAGCAAAGAACAAGACAGUGCAGCAGCAACUAAAGAUGAAGCAGCGGCAAACGAUGAGGGGGAGGUGCUGCUUGGGGCUGCCUCUGUAAAGGAUGCGGAUGAGGCAGCAGAAACGCCAGCAGCAGCAGCAGCAGCAGCACGUGCAGCAGCAGCACGUGCAGCAGCAGCAGCAGCAGCACAUGCGCGCUGCAAGCGCAGCAGCAGCAGCGGAUCCAACUCCGACUGUUCAUCCGGAGGGGAAGACAGCAAUUCUUUGUCUGAUUCUGCAGCAGCAGCAGCUGCUGCUGCUGCUGACCCAGCAGCAGCAGCAACAGCAGCAGCAGCAGCAGCAGGAAGGCUGCAAUCUGGGGAGCGGCUGCUGCAGCAGCAGCAGAAUGGUAGCAGAAACCGCAGCAGCAGCACAGAGAGGCUGCCGUCUUACCCUUAUAUAGCCAGCAGCAAACGAUAUACUUCGCGCUCUCGCAGGCAUCCUUUGCUGCAGCUUGCGUCACACCCUGCUGCUGCUGCUGCUGCUGCUGCUGGGGGAGAGGGCAGGAAGAAAACAGCAGCAAAUCCGCAGAUGAUGUUUAAACAGCUGCUCGCGCACAAGCACCGGCAGCAGCUGCUGCGGCAGCAGCAGCAGCACCAGCUACAGCAGCAGCACCAAUUGCUGAGGCUGCAGCGUCAACAACGCAAGCAACUGCAGCAGCAGCAGCAGGAGCAAGAGGAGCAGCAACAGCACCAGCAGCACCAGCAGCAGGAGCAGCAAGAGAUGCAGCAGAAUCAGCAACAGCAACAGCAACAGCAGCAAGAACAACAACAACAGCAGCAACAGCAGCAACAGCAGCAACAGCAACAGCAGCAGCAGCAACAGCAGCAACAGCAGCAAAUCGAGUCCCCAGCAGUGCAGCGCGGCGAGUAG